AUGAGUUCUAAUAACUCUAAACAAAAGAAACCAUUAACUAACUCUUCUAACUGGGAAGAACAAAACAAUGAAAACAAAACAAUAGAUAAAAAAGCACAUGAUACUAUGCAAAACAAUACUGACGUAACCAAAACAACAAAUACAUGUGUCAAAACAGCAAAUAAAUCUCAUCUAGAAACAUCUACAAACAUCUCGAAUAGAAAAACUAUAUCAACUCCUUCUUCCUUAACCCAAGAAAUAUAUAUAAACGAACAUCCUAAAAACUCUUCUACUGAAAAGCAACAGGAUAUAUCCAGAACUAGUGAAAGUAACAAUACUCAAGCUAGCGUAUCUAAAAGAACAGAGGAUAUAACUAUAACUAUAGAAGAUACAAAUAUGGAGAAAGAUUCAAAAACUCAGAAAAUUAGCUUGACAAAUGCUACCACUUCUGACAAGAAAAUAGUACAAGAGGUAAAUUCUCCUAUAGUUAUUAUUGAUAACAAUAAUCAUAAACUAUAA